AUGUCCUUCAAUUAUGAUUACAACAUGAAAGAAUUGAUGAGGACUUUUGCCAAAGUUUUAGAAAAUGAUUAUGAUCAGAAUAAUACGAGUGGAAAUAAUCUGGUGGAUGAAAUUAUCAAAUCAUCACAACGUAGAUCUAUCGCUGAUAAUGAUUUUCUUGAAUGGAUUGAUUUUAAUAAAUUUGAUAAUUUACAAUAUAUUACAUGCGGAGGAAUCGGGAACAUUCAUUCCGCUAUUUGGAAAGAUGGUCCAGCGAGGAGCGUUAGCCUAUGUGAUAGGCUAUUCAAUAGGGAAGGAGAACGCGUCAUUGUUGUAAAAUUUUUCAAAACGAACAAAGAAUUUCUCGAUGAGUUUGUAAACAUCUUCAAGAUGAUUGAAGCUUGUACUAGAGCUUCUGGUUCUGAAAAUCUUGUACAUGUUUUUGGAGCGACAAGGAAUGAAAAAAAUCAAUUUGGUAUCGUUACGCAAUACAUAAAUGCCGGAAAUCUUGAGAAUUAUUUAGAAGACAAUUGGAGAACCAUUACUUGGAAAGAAAAGUUAGGAAUCCUUAAAGAUAUAGCACAUGGUCUAUCCAACUUACAUAAUGCAGAAUUAACCCAUGGAGAUAUUCAUACCAGAAAUGUAUUCGUUUCAAAGGAUGUUCGAUCUACAGGAUUUAUAGGGGAUUUUGGAUAUUGUGGAGUAGAUGAACCCAAUGUGAGAACACAAAGGAGAGUGAUACCAUUCAUCGCCCCAGAAUUAUUAUUAGGUAAGGCGUAUACCAAAAAAGCUGAUAUUUAUAGCUUUGGAUUAAUCAUGUAUCAGGUGGCCACUAAUACGCGACCGAAGCGUUAUAGAGGUAAUAAUCGUAAUUUUGAAAGGGAUAUCCUCAACGGAUUACGUCCCGGUUUUGAUAAAGAGUUAAUGCCUCAUGGUUAUGCAAGCUUGAUGAGAAAUUGCUGGAAUAGUGAUAGGAAGAAUCGUCCAAAGGCUGAAAAUCUUUACAAGAAAUUUUGUGAAUGGGAAGAUACCUUUUAUGAACCGGAUUCUCCUUUUAGAAUGUUUAGAUUUCAAAAAGUCGAACCUUCUCAAAAUAUUGCUGCAUUUGUUUAA